CGCUGUACUGCGUGUGGAGAGAGCGAGGCAGGCAAAAUGGACGCGGGAUUUUUCCGCGGUACAAGUGCAGAGCAGGACAAUCGAUUCAGCAACAAACAGAAGAAACUUUUAAAACAACUGAAAUUUGCAGAAUGUCUGGAGAAGAAGGUGGAUACGGGAAAAGUAAAUCUAGAAGUAAUUAAGCCAUGGAUAACCAAACGUGUUACAGAAAUACUGGGUUUUGAAGAUGAUGUAGUCAUUGACUUUAUCUUCAACCAGUUGGAAGUAAAGAAUCCAGACUCCAAAAUGAUGCAGAUAAAUCUUACAGGCUUUUUAAAUGGCAAAAAUGCCCGAGAAUUCAUGGGUGAGCUUUGGCCACUGCUGCUGAGUGCCCAAGAAAAUAUUGCUGGUAUACCAUCUGCAUUCCUGGAGCUAAAAAAGGAAGAAAUAAAACAAAGACAAAUUGAACAAGAAAAGCUGGCAACUUUAAAGAAGCAAGAUGAUGACAAGGAUAAAAGAGACAAAGAUGAUAAAGACAGAGACAAAAAUGAUCGAUCCAGAAGUCCAAGAAGACGUAAAUCAAGGUCUUCCUCACCUCGGAGAAGAUCUCCAGUCAGAAGGGAAAGAAAGAGAAGCCACUCUCGUUCACCACGUCACAAGACAAAAAGCCGUAGCCCUUCUCCCGUCAUUGAGAAGAAAGAGAUCGUAAUACCAGAACCUGAACCAUCUAUAAAAGUGAAAGAGCCUUUUGUCCAGGAGGCAACAUCAACAAGUGACAUAUUGAAUGCUAUGAAACCAGAGCCUGCUGCAGAUAAAAAGGAGAGCUCACCUGAACUAAAUACUCGCAAACCUAAAGAGCGAGAGCGGCAUCGACAUAGAUCGCGGUCACGAUCAAAAUCUAAAUCUCGCUCUCCUUCACACUCCAGGCCCCGCAGACGCCACAGGUCACGGUCCAGGUCCUACAGUCCCAGGAGACGACCAAGUCCUAGACGUAGGCCUUCUCCAAGAAGGAGGAGCCCUCCGCGUCGCAUGCCUCCUCCACCUAGACACAAGAGAAGCAGGAGUCCAUUGAGGAGGAGAAGACGUUCAUCUGCUUCUUUGUCUGGAAGCAGCUCAUCUUCAUCAUGUUCGCGGUCACCUCCAGCCCCAAAGAAGCAGCCCAAGAAGAUAUCUUCCAGUCCUCCCCGCAAACCUCGACGAUCUUCUCCUUCAUCAAGUCCACCACCACGAAGAAGGUACAGGCCUUCUCCAACUCCACCCCCAAAGAGAAGAUCCCCAUCUCCAACCCAGUCCUCUCGGCCUAGGAAAGUUAGAGGUUCUGUAUCUCCUGCUAGACCUCCAGUCAUAAAACAUAAAGUUGUUGAAAAGCGGAAGUCCCCUUCACCUCCCUCUAAGCCCCGCAAAAGGGAUUUAUCAGAAUCUGAUGACGACAAAGGAGGAAAAACGGCACCAGCAGAUUCUGUGCAGCAGCGGCGGCAGUACAGAAGGCAGAAUCAGCAGUCCUCUUCAGAAAGUGGUUCUUCAUCCUCUUCUGAAGACGAAAGGCCUAAACGUAUUUCUGUAAAGAAUGGGGAGGUUGGAAGGAGGCGGCGACAUUCAGCCUCUCGUAGUCUUUCUGCUUCACGAAAACGACCUAAAGAAUCCUCACCACGCCGACGAAGGAGGAGCCCAUCUCCACCCCCUUCAAGAAGACGAAGAAGUCCAUCUCCUGCUCCUCCUCCUAGAAGGCGUCGGUCUUCUUCUCAGAGACGCAGAUCUCCGUCUCUACCUCCACGAAGACACUCUCCCACUCAAAGGCGAUACUCUCCACCUAUACAAAGAAGAUAUUCUCCCUCCCCUCCACCCAAAAGAAGAUCCUCACCUCUUCCACCUCCAAAACGCAGGGUCUCAUUAUCUCCCCCAUCGAAGCGUAGAAUGUCCCACUCACCACCACCCAAACAUAAGAGCUCUCCAGGAGGCAAGAGGCGUUCCCCUUCUCUGACAUCCAAACAUAGAAAAAAGUCUUCUCCAAGCAGAUUGGGCCGUGAGACCCGCUCACCACAGAUUAGUCGACUAUCUCCUUCACCUCUCAGCCGGUUAGACAGAAGCUCAGAGUCUCCUCCAGAACAGAGGAGAAUUCCAUCUGUAUCCCCACUGAGGAGGCAGCCAUCCCCCUCUCCUAGUCCACGACCAAUAAGAAGGGUGUCUAGAACCCCAGAACCGAAGAUAAAGCAAUCUUCAAGUCCAGAGCCAGCCAGAAGGGCAACCACAUCCAGAUCAGUGUCAGGAUCACCUGAGCCAGCUCCUAAAAAACAACCACCUUCUCCUUCACCGACUAG